AUGGUUGCUGAUAUUCAUGAUGAUGUUCAUCCUACAAAUGAAGUUUCAAAUUUUGGUGGUAAAACCGCUUUCAAGGAUUAUUUAGGAAAAUUUGCUGAUGUUGAAGAUCCAUUGGAAAGAAGAAGAUUAGCUUUAGAAGAAAUUGAUAAAGCUGGUUUUGGUUGGACUCAAGUUAAAAUGAUUAUGAUUGCAGGUGUUGGUUUCAUGACCGAUUCUUAUGAUAUUUUUGCAAUUAACUUGGGUAUUCAAAUGUUGGCUUAUGUUUUUUGGCGUGGUAAAAUUCCUGAUUCAACAAGUACUUUAAUUAAAAUUUCAACUUCAGUUGGUACUGUUAUUGGUCAAAUUUCAUUUGGUGCAAUUGCUGAUAAAUUAGGUCGUAAAGUUAUUUAUGGUUUUGAAUUAAUUAUUAUGAUUUUUGCUACUAUUGCUCAAGUUGUCGUUGGUCAAGCUCCUGCCAUUAAUUUCGUUGCAAUUUUCGUUUUCUUUAGAAUUAUACAAGGUAUUGGUAUUGGUGGUGAUUAUCCAUUAUCAUCAAUUAUCUCAUCAGAAUUCUCAACAACUAAAUGGAGAGGUGCUAUUAUGGCAGCUGUUUUUUCAAAUCAAGGUUUAGGUCAAAUUUUUGCUGGUAUUGUUGGUAUGAUUUGUGUUGCUGGUUAUAAAGAUGAAUUAAAUUGGGUUCUUCUUAAACCAACAAAAAUGGAUUGUACUGGUAGUUGUUUAAGAGCUUGUGAUCAAAUGUGGAGAAUUAUCAUUGGUUUUGGUUGUGUUCCUGGUGCAAUAGCGUUAUACUAUAGAUUAACUAUUGCAGAAUCUCCAAGAUAUGAAUUAGAUGUCAAUGAACAUGGUGAAAUUCAAAAAACUGGUGAUCCAGAAGAACCUGUUGAUAUUAACCAAGUCAGAUUAAACAUUCCAAAAGCUUCAUUCAAAGAUUUCUGCUUGCACUUUGGUAGAUGGAAAUAUGGUAAAAUUUUAUUAGGUACUGCAGGUUCAUGGUUCAUGUUAGAUGUUGCUUAUUAUGGUAUGGGUUUAAACUCAACUACUAUUUUAGAUGUUAUUGGUUAUGGUGAUGCAGACAAUUUAUAUCAAAAAUUCUACAAUUUAGCUGCUGGUAAUUUAAUUAUUGUCUGUGCUGGUGCUUUACCAGGUUAUUGGUUUUCUGCUGCAACUAUUGAUACUGUUGGUAGAAAACCAAUUCAAUUCAUGGGUUUCUUUUUAUUGACUGUUAUCUUAUGUAUUAUGGGUUUUGGUUAUCAUAAAGUUGGUAAAAAAGGUAUUUUUGGUUUAUACGUUGUUGCACAAUUUUUCCAAAAUUUCGGUCCAAAUACAACUACUUUCAUUGUUCCAGGUGAAUGUUUCCCAACUAGAUAUAGAUCAACUGCUCAUGGUAUGUCAGCUGCUGCUGGUAAAGUUGGUGCUAUCAUUGCUCAAACUUGUAUUGGUACUUUAAUUAAUCACAAUUGUGCAGCUGAUGAUCAAGGUUGUUAUUUACCUCACGUUUUAGAAAUUUUUGCUUUAUUCAUGUUGUUAGGUAUUUUCUUAACAUUUUUAAUUCCAGAAACUAAAAGAAAAACAUUAGAAGAAAUUUGUGAAUUAUAUCAUGAUGAAGUUGAUACUACCAAAUUAGUUAGAGACAGAUAUACUACUCAAGAAGAAUCGUAUGAUUCAGAUGUUAAACAAUAG